CGAAGGUGAAGAAGCUCGUCUUUCUCACGGCUCGAGUUCACCCCGGAGAGUCUCCUGCCUCCUUCAUCUGCCAAGGUGUGAUCGACUUCCUGGUGAGCCAGCACCCUGUGGCUCAGAUCCUCAGAGAUCAUGUGAUCUUCAAAAUCGUCCCCAUGCUGAACCCUGACGGCGUCUACCUGGGAAACUACAGGUGUUCUCUGAUGGGUUUUGACCUGAAUCGCCACUGGCAGGAUCCCUCUCCAUGGGCCCACCCCACGCUGCACGCUGUCAAACAACUCAUAGUGCAGAUGAACCAAGACCCGAGAGUUAGUCUGGAGUUCUACAUUGAUGUCCAUGCCCACUCCACCAUGCUGAAUGGCUUCAUGUACGGCAAUGUGUUCGAGGACGAGGAGCGCGUCCAGAGACAGGCCGUCUUCCCCAGACUGCUGUGCCAAAACGCCUCAGACUUCUCCUUUUCCAACACUUCCUUUAACAAGGACCUGGUGAAGGCCGGUACAGGAAGACGUUUCCUCGGUGGUCUCCUUGAUGACUCGUCCUACUGCUACACUCUGGAGGUGUCCUUCUACAGCUACAUGACCGCUGGCAGCACGGCGCCCGUGCCGUACACAGAGGAGACGUACACAAAACUGGGAAGAAAUGUGGCUCGAACCUUCCUGGAUUACUACAAACUCAACAACCACAUCAAGGACAACAGACCAACUCACAUUCAAAGUACUGAGGUGAUUUCCCCGACAGGCGACAGUAACAAUAAGGGAAAUGGUUUGGGUCGAGACGCAGAGAGAGAGAGAGAGAAGGAGAAGAGCCAGGGUGUCCGACACUAGACUAACGGACAGAAGGACACGGACUGAGCAUGAAUAAAACGCAGAGCACCGUAGCACGAGGAUCCUUCACACUUCAUUGCCUUUAGAAGCUCCACAUCUCCCUGGCUAUAAAGAGUUAUUUUCACAGAUUUGUAACAGUGGGAUGACUGGUACUGCAGGACUAAAAGUGGAACAAGUUUCCUCUCGGGUUGUUAAGGGACUGUAAAAUGUGGACUUAUUGAAUGCCAAGGGAGGACGGACUGGAUCCCAUCUAAAGCCCAUCUGAGGCCUUUCUGCAGCAGACCCUUCUUUUGUUAAUAGAAUUGUGAAUAAGUGCAUGCUUCCCUGCUUUUUUUUGACUAUGGUGUUAUUAUCUCUGUUGUUAUUUAUUAUAAUAAGUCA